AUGGAUCCUGCCCAGUCGGGGGAUGCACAGCCUACUAGCACAAACACCGCAGGAACGCUUGAAGAUUCGUCCAACACCGCAAAGCGUCGAUGGAGGAGAAAUCGUAUAGCCUGCGACUCAUGCCAUUCGCGCCGUGUGCGAUGCGACCGGGCAUUUCCCUGUUCGCGCUGUCUUCGCAGUGAGAUCCGGUGCGAAUUUACGCGCGAAAGGCGGAAACGAGGGCGGAUUGCACGGUCAAAACAGACGGCCGCAGUCACGAACGGCGGAUCGAUGGAGAAGCUGUCCAAGCCUCCUAAUGUGCAGCCUCCAGUGCCAGCGCCGGUGCCAGCAGAUACGGCGCCAACACCAGUGCCGAACCAUGCCUCGCCGACCACGACCUUCCAGCAUCGACGACCGACUCUCUCAGGCGGAUCCGUCCCUACCGGCCCCAGACCGGGACCGACGGGGAAUGUGACGGAGGAGUGGCUGUCCGCAGCUCAUGUGUCUCCAGAUUCAUAUGAAGUCUUGGGGGGAGGAGCCUGGGGGGACGGUCCGCUACCACGGGUGCUGGACAUCUGGAAUGGCGCGGACCUUGCAGGGUACAGUGCUCCGACCGCCCAGGGCUCCAAACCUGGCGGCCCAGCUCGGGCUCCCAGUAUUUCGUCUACAACUUUGAAAUAUCCCGUAUUACAGCCACUCAUGCCGUUCCUUGAGACGAAUCUACCGCGGAGGCUCGUUUUUGACCUUCUGGAGUUGUACUUUACGAGCGCCUUUUCUACGCAUAUGCACCCUGUGUGCCACCAUAUCCAUUGUUAUGUCCUUCGCAAGGCCUCAUUUCUGAGUCGGGAGAACCCUCGGCCCAGUAGCCCGGCUCUGCUGGCAAGCAUGCUCUGGGUUGCCGCCUUGGACGAUCGGGCGUUUGCGCUCUCCAUUUCCCCGCCUCAGCGCAAGAAGAUUUGUCAAUUCUUGUGCGCCUUAACUAUUCGCUUACUCCGCCCGUUGAUUCACGUGUCGUUUAAGGAGCAAGGGGGUUCGAACGCGAAUGAUGCGACAUUCACUGGGGUUGCUCCGGACUGUCCCCCAACCACUGUGCACCAUCCGUUUGAAUCGAGCGGCGAUGAUCGCGGUCUAGUCGGGCCUGCGGGGUCCUUGGAUGAUGUGAUUACCUAUAUCCAUGUUGCUUCCAUAAUCUCUUCGAGCGAACAAAAGGCCGCUAGCAUGCGAUGGUGGCAUGCUGCAUUUACCCUUGCUAGAGAAUUGAAACUCAACCAGGAAAUCGAAGUGAUACCCAACGCGGACGGCCAGACCGAAGGCUCAAGUCCAGCAUUUGACUACUCGCUGCCUGGCUGGAGUGGCGUCGACACGGGCGCAUUCUUCGAUUACUCGAAUCCCACGCGACCCAGCUUGAACUGCGUCUGCGACCGUAGUCAUGAUCCCCAUGCGACUAUCACCGAAGAGCACCGGGAGGAACGUCGGCGGACCUGGUGGCUGCUAUACAUCAUGGAUCGGCACCUGGCCCUGUGUUACAAUCGCCCACUGGCAUUGCUGGAUGCCGAGAGUGAAGACCUGCUGCUACCGCUGGACGAGGGUUCGUGGCAGGCCGGCAACGUUCACAGCAACAGCCCCAAGCCGGACGGACCCCAUUGCCCCAUCUCUGGGGAGAAAAACAAGCGCCGAGUUUUCCCUGACUUUAUCUGCCAUGAUCAUUCCAUAUUUGGCUUCUUUCUACCGCUGAUGACCAUCACCGGCGAAUUGAUCGAUCUUAACCAGGCACGGAAUCAUCCCAUGCUGGGAUCCCGACUACAAGGGAAGGACGGCUGGGACGCCCAUCUCAGCGAGGUGCUGCGGCAGCUCGAGAUUUACAAGGCGAGUCUGACCACUUUUGCAGCGACCACGGCGGUCCCGGAAGCGCCGCUCUCCACCACCUUUCCUCCUCCAUCCACCCCCGAUCAUCCUGGUGAACCUUCUCUUUCUCAAGCGUUCGCAUGGCAUACUCAGACCGUCAUCGCGUACGCAUCAUAUCUGGUGCAUGUAUUGCACAUUCUCCUUGUCGGCAAGUGGGAUCCCGUCUCGCUCAUCGAGGACAAGGACUUUUGGACCUCGUCCCCUGCCUUUGCCACUACCAUCUCACAUGCGCUGGAUGCGGCCGACUCGGUCAACCAGAUUCUCCGCUAUGACCCGGACGUCAGCUUCAUGCCCUAUUUCUUUGGCAUCCAGCUCCUGCAAGGCAGUUUUCUCCUCCUGCUGAUCGUGGAGCGGCUACAAAAAGAGGCAGGAGAGGGCAUCCUCAACGCAUGCGAGGUGAUGAUCCGCGCGACAGAAUCCUGCGUCGUCACCCUCAACACGGAAUACCAGCGGAAUUUCCGCCAAGUGAUGCGGAGUGCGGUUGCACAGGCGCGGGGACGCCCUGUCAACCACAGUGAGAUCCGACACCGGCGCAAGGCCGUUCUGGCACUGUACCGGUGGACGAGAAAAGGUACCGGGUUGGCACUCUAA